GUCGUUACAUGUUUUAAAAAACAAUGCAGGCUCAUGCUGAUACUGGUCAUCACAACAGAAACAUUCAAUUUGAUAACAUAAUGUGGGGGGGAAACAAGAUCAACAAUUUAAGUACGCCUUUCAAGGUCCCUAUCACACCAGUGGAGUAAACCUACAAAAACAGAACCUACUUUUGUCCAGUAGGAAGCAGCCUCACCCACGGGUGUCCAAAAUUAUUCUGAAAAAUCAAAGGAUGCAUGGGGCCCACUUUGACACUUUUAUAUUUGUUAAAAAGGCUCAAAAGUAAGUUAUUUUUAAAUGAUCCAUCCAUCCAUUUUCUAUACCGCUUUCCCUCACUAAAGAUAUGCUGGAGCCUAUCCCAGCUGUCUUUGGGCGAGAGGCGGGGCACACAUAGACAAACAACCAUCCACGGUAAUGAAUUCAUGUGUUUCAUUUGAUAGACAUUUACAUUUUUGUGUGAGGCCACUUUGGACACCCCCGCUCGAUACCAUAGCUAAAAAUAUUACCAUCAGGACAGUUCAUAAACAAACAUGAAUGUUCUUCAAAGGCCAUGUUUGUGCUGAUUUCCAUAAUUCAUACUUUGACUGAAGCGUGUCAACUUGCCUCCUUCAAACAAAACAUUACAAAUGUUGUUCUUUUGCCAGUAAAAGUAAUAUUUCAAAGGGGGGCGUUCUUGCUCCAGUCAGAGCAUGAGCAGGAUUAGGAGGUAGAGGGGCAGGAGGAGGUUGUCUAUCUGGGAGGUGUACGCCUCCAGCAUGGCCACCAGCGUGAUGGAACCCACGAUCCACGAGUAGGUGGAGUUUAAGUUGAUGCUCCCGUCAAAGAUGAGAAAAAUGGCCACGGCGAUGAUCUGUGCGAACACGGACGUCGCCGUCCCCUCCAUCGUCUUUUUGGUGCCGGGCCAGCGGAUCUCCCCCAUGGUGCUGCCGAAGACGGAGGCCACGGUGUCGCCCACCCCUACGGCGAGCACGCCGGCGUAGGGCACCAGGGCGCCGGCGCCGGGAAGAAUCCCCUUUGGCGCGCAGGCGUCCGGGAAAAGCCAGACGGGGAGGGCCAUGCCGAGGAGCAGGUAGAUGUGAGUCAGGAUGAGGGGUCCAGAGUCGCGCUCGUCCAAGAACAAAGUGAGCAGCUGUCGCAGCGGCUGACCCAGCGGCUUGAUGCGAAAGUAACGCACGUAUUCCAGGAAGAGGAAGACGGCCAAGCAGCCCACGGAUGCCACGUGCAGCAGCUGGCGGUCAUACAGAAGACCCGGAACAAAGGUGGCCACCACGAUGAGAUGGAAGUACUUCCUGACCACAGUGGAGGCCUGGUGCUUCUUGGACCCAGACUGGCGCUGGUGGUUCUGUUGCAGCACCACGCAGGUAGCCAAGGCACACAGCAAGACCCAGUACCCUAUCAAACCAAGCCGCCGGUCGUUGAGCGUGACAAAGUCCCACAGCCACGUGAUGGGAUGGCGUCCGAUGAAGAGCGAGAGCCACGGCAUGAUGACGCCCAGGCCCAGCACGGCUGUCAUCGUGUGGAAGAAAAGAGACGACACCCACGUCUCGGACUCCAUGAAGCAGAAGAGCAGAGCGAAGAAGACGCCCAGCAGCAGCGAGCCCACCACCAGCACCGGCAGAAGGUACUUGACGGGUUCGCCCUUUGCCUCAGGCAGACUCAGCGAGCGCUUGAUGAGCUGGUUGACCACGAAGCUGAUGGCGCCCACCACCAGCAGAGCCUCGCCGGGCGUGAAGCAGCGCGGCAGCAGGUACAACACAAUCAGGCUGAGGUAGACGAAGAUCAGCAGCACCUCCAGCACCUCAAUGACCUCUGACACCGUCAGCGUCUGCUUGGCGGUGUAGAAGAUGGCGCUGGCGGCCAAGCCGGCGAUUACACCGGUGUUGGUGGGCACGGGCCGGGUGAUGCCCAGCGCGAUCAGCGAGAGGAAGAGCGCCAGCGUCAUGCCGCUGACAGUCACCACCAUGGAGAAGCGCUCCAAGUGAACGCUUCCCGCCUCCAAGCACUUCACCCUCAACACCAGACCCACCAGGGGCAUCACCAUGGAGGCCGGAACGAUGCCGCUGUUGGCCGCCGGACGGAACUGGAACACAGCGCCCCCCGACUUCAGCAGGCAGUCCCAUUUGUGCUGGACAUAGAAGGCCUGGAUGACGAGGGCGACAGUGCACCACGAGUGCUGGUUCCACACCGCCACGUGCACGCACAGCACCACCGCCGACACCACAGCGGACUCCACCAGCACCGGGUUUAUCUGCAUGGCGGCUGGGAGGCGGGGUCCUUAUCCCAGUCAGACGGUGAAGGUCUUCCUCUGUCAGUUCCCCACUCGGGUCAUGAUUCUUGCUUGGGGCGGAAAAUAAAGUCAAUGUUAGCACACUGUGUUGUGACUUCCUGUCUUAUGACAUGAGCUCCACUCACAUUUGCCCUACAGGACAUCAGCAUGAAUGCCCUUUGCACAGCAACCUUUUGUUUCUGUGGGGGUUGCAAGUUGGACUCCUCCCUCUUAAGGCCGGGGCUUACUGUAUAUUAUUAAUACAUGGACGACGUGCGCUGUUUUGGACAAAUAUAGGAAACCAAGCACACAUGGCGGGACAUUUAUCAUUUUCACGACAACUCUAAUCAGUCAAUGUUUUACAGAUGCGGCAAACACAAAAACAGCAUGCUAACAGUGGAGCCCAGAACCACACAAGUUAGCAUAAAUGCUUAAACAGCGAAUAGAUAUUAGUGAAUGUAAUGAAUACCGGUGGAUGCACAAAAAGCAGAAAAACCCACGUACCGUGUUGCUCUACUGUCAUGUGGACGAGGCCGCGUUGUGACGUGAUUCUUUAAACUGUCAGGAUUUCUUUGUCAGCUGUCGCUCCUCCCACAGCCAGCAGGAGGCGGCCAUGUUUUACAGCCAGGUCACGUGGUACGCCCCCACAUUAAUACCGAGUUCCAAAAUGCUGGGAUGACGUAAACAUUCCACUUAAACCACGUCGACAGAUAAACAGAAACGGACUUAGUUGAAAAAGAACUGUAUUUAAUUGAUUAAUAAAGGUAUUCGUCUUAACUGUUUUGGCUACACUUGAUUUAACAUCCACCGGGUGGCGGUAAAGCAGCAACUGAUCUCCGAAGACGACAACGACAAAGAAGUAAGGUGACCGGUGACCGGUGACGACAUAACCCACAAGCCAAUCACAGUGCAGCUACAAAGAUGGCGGACUCGGGGAUGAGCUUCAGGAGCUGCCGAGAGUUAUGGACCAUUCUGCUGGGAAGAUCCGCCCUGCGAGAGCGGGGUCAAAUACAGUCAGAGCUUGAGACCCACUGCGACAGACUACUUCAAGGUCUGAGCUACUACAAGCCGCCCAGCUCCUCCUCCGCCAACAAAGUGAAGGAGAACAAAGAUGUCGCUCAGCCGCUGAAAGAUUUUGGGCUGAGGAUCAGUAAGUUGCUGGCACUUGAUGAGCUGCAGAGCGUGCAGCUGUUGCAGUGCUACCUGCAGGAGGACUACAGGGGAACUCGGGGUUCUUUAAAGGUUGUUCUUAAGGAUGAGCGGCAAAGUCAGGCUUUGCUACUCAAGGUAGCUGACUAUUACUACGAGGAACGUAUGUGUCUGCUCAGGUGUGUCCUCCUCUUGCUGACCUACUUCCAAGACGAGCGACACCCCUACAGGGCCGAGUACUCCAACUGUGUCAACAAACUGGAGAAGGACCUGGUGAGCAACUGCCAGUCGCAGUUCGAGAAGCUCUUCAAAGCUGAGGUGCCGACAUGGGAGACCCACGGAAACCUCAUGACGGAGCGGCAGGUCUCCCGGUGGUUCCUGCAGUGUCUGAGAGAGCAGUCGCUGCUACUGGAGAUCAUCUUCUUGUACUACGCCUACUUCGAGAUGAGCCCGGCUGACCUGCUGACCUUCACUAAAAUGUUCAAGGAGCAGGGCUUUGGUCUGCGGCAGACCAACCGACACCUGGUGGACAAGAGCAUGGAUGUGCUCGUGGACAGGAUCGGCUAUCUUGGCUCUCUCAUCCUGGUGGAGGGCAUGGACAUAGACUUCCUCCACAAGUGUGCAUUGGAGGACUGCACGGAGCAGCAUCAGUUCUCCAAUGUUGCUGACAUUGUCAAGGAGAUGGACCAGCUGCUGUUGACCUUCGGGGACCUCCCUCAUCACGGCCCGGUGUUGCUGGCCUGGGUCCUGCUGAGGCACACGCUGAGACCGGAUGAAUCCAACCCGGUCAUCAGGAGGAUCGGUAGCACGGCCUUGCAACUGGAGGUCUUCAAGUACCUGGCCACCAUGCUGAAAGGCCUCGGAGUCUCGGGGAACAAUUGCACAGCAAGCACCGCCAAGAUGUGCGUUUACGGCCUCCUGUCAUUUGUCAUCACAUCAUUUGAAGAGGAAAGCCUCCAGACUGGCAGCGCAGGGUUGCAGAACUCCUACCUGAUCGACGCCGCCUGCGAGGUCCUCUCCGCUCCCAGUCUGGCUGAAGUCUUCUGGGAGAUGAAGCCCAACAUGGGAUUGGGGGUGAUCCUGGACAGCGCCGUGGGGAUGUUCCCUCACAAGAUUGGACCUCUUUUGCAGCUCCUCUCCGCGCUCCUGUCCAACAAGUCCACUGUUAAGAAGGUGUACAACUUCUUGGAUAAGAUGUCCUUCUACACACAAGCUUACAAACACAAACCUAACGACAUCAUUGCUAAGGAGGAUGAGACUCUGUGGAGGAGGCAGACUCCAAAACUCCUCUACCCCCUUGGUGCCGGCCAGACCAACCUCUGGAUGCCGCUUGGAAUUCUAGGUCAGGUAAUGAUUGGCGGUGAGCAGGGCUAUGUAGUGCGCUGGGACUACUCAUACAGCUCCUGGACUUUGUUUACGUGCGAAGUGGAGAUGCUGCUCCAUGUUGUUUCCACCGCAGACGUCUUGGCGCACUGUGCACGUGUCAAGCCCAUCCUGGACCUGGUCCACAAGAUCAUCAGCACAGACUGGACCGUGUCGGACUGUCUGUUGCCUCUCACCUCACGCAUCUACAUGUUGCUGCAGAGGUUAACGUCGGUCAUCAACCCUCCAGUGGACAUGAUCGCCUCCUGCAUCAACUGCCUGUCUGUGCUGGCCGCCAGGAUGCCUGGGAAGGUGUGGUCCAGUCUGCAGCGCACGGGCUUUCUCCCCUUCGCCUCCAACCCUCUGACCAGCAUGGCCCAGUGUGUCAGUGCGGAGGGCAUGAAAGCUGGUAACUAUGGCAACCUGCUGGUCCAGAUUGAGCAGCCCAGGGGGGAGUACGCCGUGACCAUGGCUUUCCUCAAGCUAGUCACUACUCUGGUCAAGGGUCAGCUGGGCAGCACUCAGAACAAAGGUUUGAUCCCGUGUGUGCUGCUGGUCCUAAAGGAGAUGCUGCCCACCUACCACAAGUGGCGCUACAACACGUACGGCGUCAGGGAGAGGAUCGGUUGUCUCAUUCUAGAGCUCAUCCACGCCAUCCUCAAUCUGAGUCCAGAGGGAGAAGACCAGGGCAGCACGCCCACCCUACAGUCGCUGUGCAUCUACAGCCUGGCAAACACGGAGGCCGGGCAGGCCGUGGUCAACAUCAUGGGGGUUGGCGUGGACAAGAUAGAUGUGGUUUUGGCCGCACAGCCCAGCAGCUGCAUCUCCGAGGGUCCGGGUCACAUUCUGAUCCAGACGGUCAAGCUGGCCUUCUCGGUCACCAACAACGCCAUCCGCCUGAAGCCGCCCUCUGAUGCCGUGUCCCCCCUGGAGCAAGCCCUGACGCAGCACGGCGGUCACGGCAACAACCUGGUGGUGGUCCUGGCCAAGUACAUCUACCACAAACACGACCCCGCGCUGCCGCGCCUCGCCAUCCAGCUCCUCAAGCGCCUCGCCACGGUCGCCCCCAUGUCCGUCUACGCCUGCCUCGGCAGCGACGCGGCCGCCAUCCGCGACGCCUUCCUCACUCGCCUGCAGAGCAAGACGGAAGACAUGAGGGUCAAGGUCAUGAUCUUGGAGUUUCUGACUGUCGCCGUGGAAACUCAGCCAGGCCUCAUCGAGCUCUUCCUGAACCUGGAAGUGAAAGAUGGCAAUGAGGGGUCAAAGGUGAGCCCUGUGGAGGAGUUCCUGCUGGGGGAGUGGAGCUGCCUUCACGUGGUGCUCGACCUCAUCGACUCCAGGCAGCAGGGCAAGUACUGGUGCCCCCCGCUGCUGCACCGCGCCGCCCUGGCCUUCCUCCUGGCGCUGUGGCAGGACCGCCGUGACAGCGCCAUCUCUGUGCUACGCAGCAAAGACAGGUUUUGGGAGAACCUGACCAUGCCCCUUUUUGGAACCCUGGCGCCACCUUCAGACACCACUGAGCCUUGUGUUCUGGAAACCUGCGCCUUCGUCAUGAAGAUUGUGGGCCUGGAGAUCUUUUACGUCCACAGCGGCUCCUUGGAGGCGUCGCUGAAGGAUGGCCUGCAGAAGUUCUCCAACGCGCGACGCUAUGAGUGCUGGUCGCAGUACGUCAAGUUGCUGGCGUGCCAUGUGGCAGCCAUGGAGGACGAGGGCGUGUGCUACUUCCCCGAACAGACCCACAUGCUCAUCCUGGCCUGGCGCAUGCUGCUUAUUCUUGCCACCAGUCACUCUGACGUGAUGCAGCUAACAGAGAACCAAACCAAAUUGAAGCUUUUUAUGGACGUGCUGGACGCCACCAAAGCUGCUCUGACCAGACCGACUUCCGUGUCAUGCCUUCGCCUCGGUUCCAUGACGGCCACACUGCUCCUCGUCCUUCUCAAACGCUGGAGAAGUGUGGUGGCCACCGCCCCUGACAUCCUGCCCCCACUCUCCCUCAUCCUGGAGUGUGUCCUGCAAGCCGAACAGCAGAUGAUGGAGAGGACCAAAGCCAAGAUACUGUCUUGCCUCAUUUCCGUGCUGCAGAUCCAAGGACUUAACGGUGGGGAGAUUUCCCAGCUCCCCCAGCUGCUGUCGUCAGUGUGUGAGACGGUCAAAGACGAGGCCUUGGCUCUCAUCGACAACACGCGUCACAUCCAGCGCUCGUUGGAGCCCCCGGAGGACGAGGACAGCAUGGAGACGGACGUUCCUCGCGGACUCCAGAAGGACCAGCGAGACGGGGUGUGCGUGCUGGCACUCCACCUGGCCAAGGAGCUGUGUCGCACCGACGAGGACGGCGAGCACUGGGUGGCCGUGAUGAGGAAGGUUCCGGUGCUGCCAUCUGUGCUGAGCGGCAUGGAGCUCAGCCUGCGGUCCAAACAGAAUCUCUACUUCACCGAGGCAGCGCUCCACCUUCUGCUCACGCUGGCACGCACUCCUCAGGGAGCGGCGGCUGUCGCAGGAGCGGGUGUCAUCCAAACCAUAUGUCUUCCUCUUCUCAGCGUCUACGAAGGCUCAGCCAACGGAACCUCACAGCAGAGUUUCACCCGCAAGUCUCAGGAUUCGGCGUGCUGGCCCGGCGUCUACCGUCUGUGCAUGUCCUUGAUGGAAAGUCUCCUCAAGACGCUGCGCUACAACUUCAUCAACGAGGCCCUCGACUUUGUCGGCGUGCACCAGGAGCGCAUCCUGCAGUGUUUGAACGCCGUGAGAAGCGUUCAGAGUCUGGCCUGUCUGGACGAGGCCGACCACACCGUGGGCUUCCUGCUGCAGCUCUCCAGCUUCUGCAGCGAGUGGCACUUCCACCUGCCCAAACUCCUCCACGACGUGCAGGUGAACUUGUGCUACCUGUGUCAGACGUGCACGUACCUGCUGCACAGCAAGAAGAUGCUCCAUCACUACCUCCAGGCUAAGAACGGUGAGUCCUUGCCCCCCGCACCCCUCCCCAGGACACAACGCCCCCCACAGACGCCCUCCAAGGAGGCGGCGGCGGGCCGAGGUGAGAGGGAGGAGGCGGAGCAGAAGGCGCUGCUGGCCGUGCAGUGCAGCCUCUUGAAGAUCCUCAGCAAGACGCUGGCCAGCCUGCAGCACUUCACACCAGACUGCUGCCAGAUCCUCCUGGACCAGUGCAUGGACCUGGCCGAGUACAGGACCUUGUUUGUUCUCAGCUUCACCACGCCAGCCUUCGACCCCGACGUGGCGCCUUCGUUUGGGACUCUUCUGGCCACCAUCAACGUGGCCCUGAGCAUGCUCAGUGAGAUGGAGAAGAAGAAGGAAGCUUCUUUGAGCAUCGUCUCUCUGGCCUCCUCGGAGGAGAUUCAAGCGCUCAAGUCUUUGCUGAUGUUUACCAUGGAGAACUGCUUCUACGUGCUCAUCUCUCAGGCCGUGCGCUGCCUCAAGGACACGGCCAUCCUCCCACGAGACAAACAGCGACUCAAACAGGAGCUCAGCUCUGAACUGGUCAGUAGCAAACAUGUGAAUGAUGCUUGCCUGUUAACCCUCAUUUCUAUCAUAAUCCUCCCUUUUAGAGCACGCUCUUGUCCAGCCUGUCCCGCCACUUCCGUCGGGGCUCGCCUUCAUCCCCAGCCAGCGGGAUCCUGCCGUGCACGCAGGCCAAGCCGCCAACGCCGGGCUCCAAGGGCAUCCACGAAGGUCAGGAGCCGUUUAUUCAGCUUGUGCAGGCCUUUGUCCGGCUGGUGCAAAGAUAGGAACCUUUUUUUGGAUUGAUUUUUUUUUUACCAUCACAAAAACAAGAGCUAAGUGUUUCUUGACCUUGAACAUGUCAUUUAGCCAAAAAGCGAAUGCUAGCAAAAGCUUUAAAAGCUGCCUGUGAGUAAGGCCUAGUUCUAUAGGUCAGUGUAACGUUAAGGAACCAUCUGACACCUUUUUACAUCUUUCCAUUAAGAGUUCUGAAUCAUGUCUGUAAAUCUACAAAAAGUUUUCUUACAGUGUUGAAGACAUUUGUACUUCAAACAUGUAAAUGAUAAUAAAGGAAUGUUUCUGGAUGCACGUUUGGUUUUCUUUUACUGCAUCAAAUACAAUUAGUCAUAAAAAUACAAGUCCUUGUUCUCUGAAUAUGUACCUUUUGCUUAAAAAAACAAAACACUAUGUACAAAUAAAAGGCAUUAUAAACACCUA